AGCGAUAGAACUUGCAAAAUGGCGUCUCACUGAGAGUUUCGUGUAUUCGUGCAUUCGUUGCGAAUCAGUACUGAUUGUGAUCGUUGUUAAUCAUUUAGAUCAUUGGAAUUGUCGUGCGUAGUGAGAUUUUAUGUUUCCCCUAUUAAUUAUUUACUGAACUCUAUCAUGGGCACGUCAGAUUUGGAGGCUUCCGAAUGUAAACGAGAAUCUUUAGGAUUAGAUUCUGAUGCAGAUGGAGUGAUUGACCAGAGAAAGAAAAAGAAGAGAAAACACAAGCAUCAUAAGCAUAAGAAGGAAAAAUUACUUGAAAGAGACGAUGAACGAUUGGAUAAGCAAGACAGACGAAAACACAAGAAACACAAGAGACCGAAGAGAGAUAGAAAUAUGGAAAACGGUACCGUGGAAGAGAAAUUAAUCUCCAAUGUAGUGCAUAAGGAAAUUGGUAUGAAUGGAAAAACAAAAACUUCUAUAUUAGAAGUUGCCUCCACGGAAGAAAGUGAAGAUGAAAAAUUGGUUGAUCUCGACUCCGAUGAAGUGGAUUGCACAAUCAUAGAAGAUGAUAUUGAUCUUGAAGAAUUAAUGAAACAAAAGGAACGAUUGCAAGCAUGUUUAGUACAAUAUCUCUCGGAUGAAUCCGAAAAGGGUGAAGAUAAAGAGUUACAAGAAGAGGAAGAAGAACAAGAGGAGGAAGAAGAAGCAAAAACAAACAAGACAGAAACACCUGAUGUGAUACUUGUGGAAGAUGAUAGCGAUACUGAUGGUAUUCCACCGAAGAAACGCGGUAGAAGCAAAUCAUGCAGUAGAGAACGUAAGAAAGUGAUAAAAACCGAAAGACGUGUUAUAAUUGAUAUGACUAGAGACAGAAAAACUCGCGAACAGCACAAAGAUAAGAGAAGAGAUUUUGACAGGAAAAGAGACGAGAAAAUCCGCCUUAGAGAAGAGGGGAAAAGAGAAGAGAUUCGAAGAGAUGACAGAUCUUCGCGUAAAACUAACGAAAAACAGAAAGAAGAUACGAGAAAAGAUGAAUCCAACAGAAAAAUCGAUGAUGAUCAGCAGAGACGUAAAGAUCUGUUGAGAAGGGACGAGAUACGAAAGAGAGAAUCAGACAAACGAGAAGAAAAUCGAAAACGAGAGCAGCCUACCCGUCAUAGUUCAAAAACUCGUAAUAAUGAGACGAAAAGUUUAGAUAACAGGAGGUUGGGAAGUCGCGAACGUCAAAACAGCCGAGAUCGUCAUAUCGGUCACGAUCGACGCAGUCGUGAUAGAUUACCGAGCAGAGAGUCUCGUCCACAUGUUAAUCGCGACAAAAGGGAUAGCAAAGAUCGGUAUGGGAAUAGAGACCGGCAUGACGAUAGUCGCGAUCGACGAGACAUUCGGUAUCAUGACCAUCGAAUCGAUGAUCGGUCUCGCAGUACCGCGAGAAGAUCACGUAGUCCUACUCGAAUCAGAUUGGAAAGAGAACGAAACGAUCGGUACAAAAGAUCCAGAUCUCCUUCUCGAAGUCGCCGAGAUCGAGACAAACAAUUCAGAGAUCAUGUUAGGGAUCGCGAGAAGGAUAGAGAGAGAAAUAGUAAGCGAGAGCGCAACGAUAAGUAUAAGGAUUCCUUAUCGGAAGGUCUCAAAAUAGAACAUUCAGACAGCUCGAGCGAAGAGGACAUUAAGGAUAUCGAUAUAGAGGAAGAGGAAGAUGAAGAAGCAAUUAUAGAACGUCGACGAAAACAAAGAGAAGAAUUGCUCAAAAGAUUAAGUGGACCAAAUGAAGAUUCAAAUAUGUCUGCCGACAUCAAUGUCACUGGUUCUCCAGAAAGCCAAUCUAAUAUAUCGCAAAAAUCUGUAGAGAUACAAUCCAAUAACAAUGAAUCUGUUUUGGAGAGCCAUACUCCACCACUGCCCACAGAAAAAUUAGAGUCGCCGCCUCCAGUUAAAAAGAGAAAGUCCAGAUUUGAGGACGCGCCACUUAAUGAGCCUGAUAAAACUGGGAGCAUCAAGACGUCUGAAAGGUUUAAACAGGAAGAAAAGCAAACUUUAAAAAAAUCGAAUGAAUGGGACAUGUUUGCAGAAGCAGAUAAUAUCGGAGAUUUCAAUAGUCCCACACUUGAAGGAAAACGUCAAGGAGGACCAGACAAUCCUAGUUUGACAGAUAAUUGGGACGACGCCGAAGGAUAUUAUCGAGUGCGCGUUGGAGAAACGCUAGAUGCUCGAUACGUAGUCUAUGGAUAUACAGGACAAGGAGUAUUUAGUAACGUUGUAAGAGCGAGAGACAGCGCUAGAGGAAAUUUGGACGUAGCUGUGAAGAUUAUAAGAAACAAUGAAAUAAUGCAUAGAACUGGUUUAAAGGAGCUAGAAAUUCUUAGAAAGUUGAAUGACGCUGAUCCGGAAGAUAGAUUUCAUUGCUUGCGUCUAUUUAGGCAUUUCUUUCAUAAAAAUCAUUUGUGUAUGGUUUUUGAACCUUUAGCCAUGAAUUUGAGAGAGGUUUUAAAAAAGUAUGGCAAAGACGUUGGUUUGCACGUUAAAGCGGUAAGGUCGUAUACGCAGCAACUUUUUCUAGCACUAAAGUUAUUAAAACGUGCGAAAAUUCUGCAUGCUGACAUCAAACCGGAUAAUAUUCUAGUCAGUGAAAGCAAACUAGUGCUGAAACUUUGUGAUUUUGGUUCUGCAUCGCACGAUCACGAAAAUGAAAUAACACCGUAUUUAGUUUCGAGAUUUUAUCGUGCGCCCGAAAUUAUUCUUGGUAUACCACAUGAUUUUGGUAUUGACAUGUGGUCCGUGGGAUGCACCAUAUACGAGCUGUACACGGGAAAAAUAAUGUUCUCGGGAAAAACAAACAAUCAAAUGUUAAAGUACUUUAUGGAUCUAAAGGGUAAAAUGCCAAACAAAUUAAUUAGAAAGGGACAAUUCAAGGAUCAGCAUUUUGAUAGCAACUGCAAUUUUCUAUAUCAUGAAGUUGAUAAAGUUACGGAACGGGAAAAAGUUGUCGUAAUGUCGACGUUACCAGCGACUCGUGAUCUCAGCGCCGAACUCGGUGGAAACUCUUUACCACCGGAACAAAAUCGCAAAGUCGGACAACUGAAGGAUUUGCUGGAACGAACGUUGAUGUUGGACGCAGGGAAGAGAAUCACUGUGAAUCACGCUCUGGCGCAUCCCUUUAUACAAGAAAAAAUAUAGCAGGAAGAGGCGGUGCAAAAAAAUUUAUCCAAAUCAUCUCAUUAUAAUAUGAGAAUUUUGCAACAGAGGAAAAAUAUAGUUGUAAUGUUGCACAAAAUCGUACUUUAUGGGCAGUACUGUAUGAAUCCAAAGGUAUUAUUUAAUUGCGUGUGAUUAUUGUCAGAUAGACAGAGUAUAAUAUUUUUAUACUCGAUAUAAUAAUUGUGAAUACAAUAAUAAAUAAAUAAAUUUCGUCAUUAUACAUAGAUAGUGUUUCUAAUAUAGAUUAGUUCGUAUUGUAACGCAUAUCUGGAAAUAUAAUUCGAGUUAUAGAUGCCGAUUUCCCUAAUUAAACUAGAGAACUUAUCGAUUUCUCGAUAAAGUUACGUUAUUUAGGAAAGAAAGUGGGAAUAAGAAAACAACGACCGCCUCUUUCAGCAUAAACUGGCACCAGUUUCCUUUUACCAUUUCUCCUGAUUUGGAGAGCAAGAUAUGUCCUUAUGAAUAGCACCAUUAGUAAAAUCAUUAUAGAUCGUGCGUUCAUGUGAAAUUGUACGUUACGUAUUCCUACGAAGCGAGAAGGGGUUCGUAUAUAUAAAGAACUGUAAGUCCUUUAUGGAUCACACAUUGUUCGAUCCAUUUUAAAGUAUCUCAUCAGCGAGCAUACGUGCACAUACAGCAUUAGGAGCCUUAGCGGCAAGAAAACCUGUUUUAAUUGGAAGAUAAAUUGUAUAGCGAAUAGAUGACUUCGAUUCAAAUCAUCGUUAAGUGCGGCCGGAUCUUUCAAGGGCCUUUAGCGCCGAUCCCGUUACAAGCCCUCCCUGUGAGGAGGGGAGGCAAUGGAAGAGGUGAUGAAAACAAUUGAUGAGGAGGAAAGGAAAAAUGCGAUGUACUUGCGUCUACGUCGUGUCUACUGCGUAAAAGUACAUGCGCUGUCGCUAAACAAUUCAACAAGGUUUAUGCAACGAUUUAACUAGAUUUAUGUCGCACUAAGGUUUCUCUUAAAGUUACUUGAGAUUACAAACGAAGACUUGUAAGUAUGUAUACAGGUAAAGUACAUGGUUGUGAAAAUUCCAGCGAUAUUUAUGACAGAUAUAAACGACACACUUAUAUAUCUUUUUUUUUUUUUAAUUAUUUUGAUCGAAAAAAUUUAGUUUUUUAGCUACAAAAGUAUUAAAUCUUUAAAUAAUACUAAUAUUUGCGGUUUUUUUCUGAGUUUUCAGAUAUUUAAAGCCCACGUUUUGUGAAAACGAAAAAGCAGAUACGAUAAAUACAUUAAUUUCGAAACA